UAUGACUUCAUAAGGCUACGCUGCGCUCCUGCGUCUGAAGAAAGACUUUAUCUUACCAGUGCGCUGACUACUGAACUAGGGAGCUGACUGAGACGCACCCAGAUUACUAUUAUAAAGAUGGCGUUUAUUAAAGAGGAGAGUGAAGACAUGAAGAUUGAAGAAGCAUUUAGUGUCAAACAUGAAGAUACUGAGACACAAACAGAGAUGGUGUUUAUUGAAAAGGAGAGUGAAGACAUGAAGAUUGAAGAAACAUUCAGAGUCAAAGAUGAAGAUACUGAGGAACAAACAGACCUAAUGGUGCUGAAAGAGGAGAGUGAAGUACUAGCUGAAAUGGAAGUGAAAGAUCACUAUGAGAAAAUACAUCACGAUUUCAAGAAUGGAGAAAAAUUCUGUGAAACUGAAAAGACUUCCUCACAAAAAAGAGCUCAGAAGACCAAAUCUAACAGUUACUUCACCUGCCAUCAGUGUGGAAAAAGCUUCACUCAAAAAGGAAGCCUUAAAAGCCACAUGAUAGGCUUUUUGUCUUCAUAA